AUGGUUAUCAUCGCAAAAGACGCUGGCCUCACAGGCUUUGACAGCUUUCUCAACGUCGUUAUUCUGGUUUCUGUGCUCUCAAUUGGCAACUCGGGCGUCUACGGUGGCUCCAGAACCCUGACCGCACUUUCUGAGCAGGGCUAUGCGCCCAAAGUGUUUCGCUAUGUCGAUCGAGCCGGAAGACCGCUUGUUUCUACCGUUGCUAUGAUUCUUGUCAGCUUCCUUGCUUAUAUCAAUAUCACUGCCAGCGGCGAGGAGAUCUUCGGCUGGCUGCUAGCUCUCUCCGGUCUGGCAUCUCUGUUUACCUGGGGAAGUAUAUGCUACUCACAUAUCCGUUUCCGCGCCGCAUGGAAACUCAAGGGACACACCCUGGAUGAAAUACCAUUUAAGGCCGCUUUUGGCGUCUGGGGAUCAUGGUUUGGUCUUAUAAUGGUUGGCCUUGUGUUCAUUGCCCAGUUUUAUACCGCUGUCUGGCCUCUUGGUGGAGGCGUGAAUAACGCAAAAGGCUUCUUUAAGACCUACUUAGCUGUUCCCGUUGUCAUUCUAUUUUGGCUCUGUGCCCAUAUCUGGAAAGGCAAAGGUUGGUUGAAACUCCGAGAUAUUGAUGUCGACGCUGGACGCCGUGAGAUCGACUGGGAGGCCCAUAACCGUGUUAUGGAAAAGAGAAGAACCGCCUCUCCUUGGAUGAGGAUCGUCUAUUUCCUUUUUUAA